AUGAGUCAUUCCAACAUUGAAGAGACUGAACCUUUACUUACAGAUGCACGAACUCCUAAUGACCCCGACGAUGAAGAGACCCUCCGUGGUAGCAGUAGCAACUUUGGUGGUACCUCAUCAGAACCACCACAGCCGCGUACUCCACGCACUCGUGAAGCUCCACGCGAUCACACCAACUUCCUUCCAUUACGACACGGAAAAUUCACACGAUUGGAAACUAUGCUAGCUUUCACAUGCCUUCUUCUUUUAAUUUUAAUGAGCAUUUUUGCUGGUGGAGGAUGGAUUAAAAAAUCUGUAAUUCCUGAGGAUAAAGGAAAUUAUGGCUACUUCGAUAUACUUUAUGAAGAAAAUCAGAAACUUCUUAGAAAUAUUUUAGAAGAUGAUUUUCAAUCACUUCAAGUGACAAGAUUACCAUCUCCAUCUUCAUCGAUUGAUAAAAAAAACUUUUAUAAUCUUCAGUCAUUCUAUCAAUCUUGUAUGGACGAGGAUCGUAUCUCUCAACUUGGAGGUGCUCCUUUAGUACCACUAUUAGAACGACUAUUCGAGAAUUUUCCUGUUGAAGAUAAAUUCUCUUUGUUUAAUAAUUUUGGUCAUCAAAAUGAUUCUUUUCAACAAGCCGUUUCUCUCGAUCUACUCAACUUGACGAACGCCUUGUCUAACUUAUCAACUAUUGGUGUGCAACCAUUAUUUGCAUUCUUUGUCGAUGCUGAUGCAAAAAAUCCGAGUGAAAAUGCUUUAUAUUUAACUCAAAGUGGCCUUGUUCUACCUUCUAAAGAAUACUAUGAAGAUGAACAUGUUAUGAAAACAUAUAAGAGUGUAAUGGCUGAAUUACUAGGAAGAGCAUUAGAUAAUAGGAGUAAUUUUAUAAUUGAAAUGGGAUAUUCGAAAUCCGAUAAUGUAAUUGAUGAUAUUUAUGAAUAUAGCAUAGAAAGAGUUUGGUUUAAAGGUUGGGAAGAGAUUGUUGAUAAAAUUAUAGAAUUUGAAAAGGCCCUAGCUAAAAUCUCCCUAUCACCUUUAAAAAUAUUUCUAUUAAAUCCUAGUGAAGAAUUUUAUGAUCCUGAAGCCACUUAUAAUAAACAUACUAUUAGAUCUCUCGAAGAACUUAGCCCAACCUUUUAUUGGUCUUACUAUAUUAGUUCCCUUUUACCCCCUACCGUUUCAGAUCCUCCAUCAAAACUAAUAUUGACAUCAAAUCAAUAUUUUGAAAAUCUUUCAAUUCUUGUAGAAAAGACCCCUCCACAAAUUUUGCAAGCUUACUUGGCUUGGCAGAUCAUUGCAGAGCAUGCUAAUAGUUUGGAUGAAAAGUUUCAAGCCCCUUUACGAAGGUUGAAGGCGAAGUUAAGAGGCGUUGAUGAAAACGUAAAGCCAAAAAGGUGGGAGGUUUGUCUUAGGUCAGUCGAUGAAGCAUUAGGUUUUAUGGCUGGAAGAUAUUAUGUUUUGAAGGCUUUUGGUGGUCACAGUAUAGAUAUAGCAAAUCAAAUGAUAACCUCUAUCAAAGAAGCGUUCGUUAGUCGUUUGCCAGCUCUAAAUUGGCUUGAUAAAGAAACUCGUGAACUAGCUGUUGAAAAAGUUAAUGCUAUUAUUCAAAAAGUCGGUUAUCCUACAAAAUCUCCUAACACAUCAGAUCCACUAUCUCUUCAAGAUUAUUAUAGAGAUGUAAAGUUUGAUCAAGAUGAUUAUUUUGGUAAUUUGUUGAGUUCUUAUUUAUGGGCAUCUGACAAAACAUGGAAGAAUGUGGAUAAACCGGUAGAUCGUGACAGAAUACUUCAAUUUCCAUACUUCAGUUCCAAAGCGCCAGAAUAUAUAAAUUAUGGCGCUAUCGGUACGGUGAUCGGACAUGAACUUACGCAUGGAUUUGAUAAUUAUGGGAGACAAUAUGAUGCGGCUGGCCGGUUAAUUCAGUGGUGGUCCAACGAUACCAUUGAAAAUUUUAAAGGAAAAGCAAAAUGUUUUGUUGAACAAUACUCAAACUAUACUAUAAACGGCACAAAAGGUGAACCAGUGCAUCUGAACGGUCGCCUGACCUUAGGUGAAAAUUUGGCAGAUAAUGGAGGAGUUAAUGUCACUCCAUGUGCUGCUACGCAGCACAUGAGUGAAGUUUCUAAUGAUUUAAAUGGAGAAUAUAAUAAUUAUUUGUUACCUGGGUUUGGUAAUUUGACUCGUGAACAAUUAUUCUUUAUUGCAUUUGGACAUUCUUGGUGUUCAAAGACAAGACCUGAAACGGCCGUUGAAAGGGUUCGUACUGAUCCACAUUCACCUCCAGCAUGGAGAGUCAAUGGUGUUUUACGUAAUUCGGGUAAUUUUUCUGAAGCCUUUAAAUGCAAGUUAGGAUCAAAAAUGAAUCCAGUAAACAAAUGUGCCCUAUG